UCACUAAUCGCAAAAGACCUUCAUUCACGUUUUGCUGCUGCCGCUUGCUGGUCGGACGGAUGGACGCGCACAGUCGUAUGAGCAAAAGAGCAUGAAGCAUGCUUGAGACGCGAGUUGACUGUUGACUUUUUGAGUGUAAUUUUUGUGAUUUUCUCUCCGCUUUCUUGGUGCGCAGCGCUCACACGCAAGCCGCGCUUAGACAGUGUAGCGGUAAAAGCGCUCAAUGUUUGUUUUCACUAAAUUAUUGGUGUCUCGACUUUUGACUGGCUUCGUCGGUGUUUGCACAUAAUAAUUACAUAUAUUUUCGUCGCGUUUCGUGUUUUUCGGCAUUUUGUGUUGUGAUUUAAUUUCGCUACGAUUUAUUCCAUUUACUUUCUAGUAAAUAGCAAGAAGCUGUUGUGAAGUAUGAUGUAGAAUAAGAUUGAAAUGUGAAGAGGCAAAAAUAAGAAAGUGCAUAUAUCUAAAAGUUAUCCACUCAACACUCGCGUUGUGUGAUAAGCAGUGUGUUAAUAUAUAUGUAUAUAGAACACCUCCACCCCCCACACACACCUCCAACUGCAAACUUUAACAACUUUUUAGUGUUACAAUUGGCGUAAUGAAGUGAUCGUUUUAAUUUGUAUUUCGUGUUGUUGUUAUUUCUACGCGCACUCGAACUGUUUUUAUAUAAAUAUAUAUGUACUUUAAAACCUCUAUAAUCACCUGUUGAAUUGAAUUGAAUUGAGUUGCGCAAAAGCUAUGUAUUCGCGUACAAAAUUAAUUUGUGGCAUUUUGCUAGCUGUGAUUUCCACAUUCGCUACAACAACAACAACAACAACAGCCAACACAGCAGUGCAACAAGUUACACCUUACAAAUUGGGCGCGGAGAGCAAGCGCGACUUGUGGCCAGCCGCCCCCAGCUGGCAUGCUCAAUUCACGCCACAACAACUGCAAUUGCAUAUGGGAACGAGUUCCGAAGUGUUGUUGGAACUGACAGAUGUACCACUGGACGCCUCCUUUGAGGUCUUAAGUGAAAAUCCACAUCUCGCCAGUGUGGCGCAACUCAUACCUGUCGAUGUUAUAAAUCCCAACACACACUCGUGGAGCGGCAACGUCACCAUCGAUGCGCUCUUCCUCGGCUCCACCAAGGUGUAUGUGCGCCGCGUCAAUAGCAGCGAACGCGCUGAAGGUACACUCGCCUUGACAAUUAUACGACGCACGCGUGUCAUCGAUCACAUAUUCACCGGCUCCGUAGCGCUGCUCGUCUCAUUGUUGUAUAUUAAUUUUGGCGCCGCUUUAGAUGUUACGGUACUGCGGAAUUUAUUGUCGCGCCCACUGGCGCCCAUUAUAGGCUUUCUAACGCAAUUCAUAAUUAUGCCAUUGCUCGGCUAUGGUUUGGGUGUGCUCAUCUUUCCGGAUUCACCAGAACUACAGUUGGGACUCUUCUUCACCGGCGUCUCGCCGAGUGGUGGCGCAUCGAACAUUUGGGCUGUCAUUUUGGGUGGCAAUAUUAAUCUCUCCGUGCUAAUGACGACGGUCAGCAAUUUCGCCGCUUUCGGCAUGAUGCCGCUGUGGAUCUUUACGCUCGGUCAGCUGAUUUUCGAUCGUGCAAACAUAACGGUGCCUUACGAAAAUAUUGCGACGUUUGCGGUAUCACUGGUGGUGCCGCUCGCCAUCGGUUUGGCCAUACAACGUUGGUCGCCGCGUCUGACACGCGUGCUGGUGCGCUUACUCAAACCGAUUUCCACUUGUCUCAUCCUCUUUAUUAUCAUCUUUGCGAUUGUCACAAAUCUCUACCUAUUUGAGUUGUUCUCCUGGCAGAUUAUCGUGGCCGGUUUGGCGUUGCCUUGGCUGGGCUACAUAUUGGCUUGGUGCGCGUCGAAAGCUCUGCGUCGCAAUGCUGUUGAUUCCUUGACCAUCGCCAUCGAGACGGGCAUACAAAACACCGGCAUAUCGAUAUUCCUGCUGCGUUUCAGUCUGCCACAACCCGAAGCCGAUCUCACCACAGUCAUACCCGUCUCGGUGGCUCUGCUAACGCCAAUUCCACUGCUUGGCUUAUAUAUUUACAAGCGUUGUGCCGAACGUGGCAUCCGAGAUGGACUGCCAGAUACGCGAGAAACCAUCACACCAACACAUAGAUAUUAGUCGUUUAGAUUAGUGAGUUCUAAAGUGGUCGUUCCUAUUUAUUUAUCACAAUCUCAUGCAGCUUCCAACUGAAAAUCGCUGUGGAACCCUAACAUUCUAGGAGUUUUUAGUUGCUUUUUAACUUCGAGUUAACAUCAAUAUAGAUUUAUUAUUUGCUUUAUUAUGGAACUGCGAAUUAUAUAGGUUUUUUGUGUUAACUGUGCUUUAUCCCUAAAAUUGUAUUUUUAUUUGAUAUUACGGUAUUUUGUACUGUUAUUAUUUUAUUAAACAGCUUUACGAAUUUUUAAUUAGUUUUGUUGAUUUUACUCUAAUUUUACAAUCAUUCAACACCUAAAUGUAGGCAACGACUUAUUAUACUCUCGCAACAAAGUUGCUUAGCAACUGCCACGCCCACAAAAUGGCGAAACCCGAAAACACAUAAAGUGUCAUAACUAAGCUAUACAAAAUUUGGUAUAAAGAUCGCACUAGGAAGUGUCAUGUUUGAAUGUAAUUUUUUUGAGGAAGUGGGAGUGGCCUCUCCCCCAAAUAAGUUUUUUUUUUGUAUAUAUCUCGCAAACCAUUAAAGCUAUAUAAACCAAACUUUCUGCAAUCGUUUCCCUUAAGUACCCCAUCAAACACCAUGAAAAUAGUUGAAAUCAGAUCACCUCCCAUACAAAGGUUAGAUUCAAAAUUCCUAAAAUUGAGUUAACUUACUAACGAAAAACGUCAGAAACACUAAAUUUUACAUGAGAAAUGGCAGAUGGAAGCUGCACUCAGAUUAAAAAUGGAAAAUGGUUGUAGCAUCGCCUACUUAUUGGUCAAAAACCAUAUCUCAAGAACUACUCGACCGAUUCGAAUGAAAUUCGAUACAUAAUAUUUACUUGGCACCCUGAUAACACGGAUGCAAAAUGGGCGAAAUCGGUUCACAACUACGCCUGCUUCUAACAUAACUCAAUUUUAAAUUCCAUCUGAAUCAUUCACUUUUAGUAUCUACAUUAGGAACCAAUGAGGAUAGCGGAAUAAAACUUUACACGAAUACGGUAUUUGAGCUGUGGCAUCAAUUGUGAAAAAAUUUUCGAAAUCGGACUAUAACUUUUCAAGGCCCCGGAUAUCGAACAUGAAGAACUCAGUGUCAAAGGGUAACUUUUCUCCGAAAAUAUCGGUAAAUCUCUCAGAUAUUUUAAUUUAAUUCAGAGGGAAUCUUUUUCAUCUAAUAGUGUGUCUCUCUACCAAAAGUGGUUAAAAUCGUGUCUUAACUCCCUGUAGCUCCCAUAUACCUAAUUAUUGGUUUUUCAAAAUACGGUAGGUUUUAUUCCGCAUAUAUCGGUUAAUAUAUGAGAUAUCUUAGCCAAAUUAUGCGAGCAUAUAGUUUUGGAUAUAGUGUACCUUGGUGGUGAAAAUUGGUGAAAUCGUUUCAUAAAUUACCUCAGCUCUCAUAAACUAAA